AUGAUAUCAUCCAACCAUAUCGAUCUUGUAUUGACGUUUAAAGAUUUAAACUUUGUGUAUACAGAAAACUGAUGUGUUUACUUUUAAAAAGAGACAGUUCUAUGAAUUACAAAUAUAUUUUUAUUUAACGAUCGUAUAAAAUUAUUUAAUAUAAUAUGGAUCAAGAAUAUUUUUCUGAUAUGUACCAAUGGUUUGAAAAGUGUGGAGUCAUAUCGAAUAUAAGAACGCAUCUUCGACAGAAUUUAAUAAAUGCGUUGAAAAGCAAAGAUUUCACUUUAAAGCCAGGAAUUCCCAAGUCUGCAAAACAAUAUAUCUACGAUUUACUGAUAGCAGAAUAUUUGUUGAAUCACAAUUAUGCUUAUACUUUAUCCGUAUUUGCCAGUGAAGCACCUUUGUUAAUAGAUUUUUCUAAAAAGACAGUUCAGUGCCCGGAGGAUGAUGAGAAAUGUAGUACAGAAAAAUUGCGGAGUGAUUAUGUAUUGCAUGCUUUAGAAACAUUAGGUAUAAAUCCCCAUGAUCCUAAGGGACAAUAUGUAAUAUCACAAUAUGUUGAAAAUGAUAUGCCGCUUCUUUUAUGUAUAUUAAAAUGUAUCACAAUGUUCUCCUAUAACAUACAUAAUGAUGUGCCACUAAAAGAGAAGGUACUUCUGUGUAAUGAAUGCACACAAACUGAAUUUUCUUGGCAGUCACAUAAUGUACAUGUAGAGAAAUUAACUAUGUUGAAGAAAAAAAUAAUUAUGCAUAAACAGAUAGUUAAUCAUAAGUUGCGUGAAAGAGAAAUGAUGUUAAAAGAACAAGCAGUGGUUAUUGAACAACAACUUGAAAUAUUAAAUAAAAAGCUGCAACAAGUUCAGGAUGUAAUGCAUUCACUGAGUUUAAAAGAGAAACAUAUAAAGGAAAAAAAGCAGAAUAAAGAGCAGCAAAUUUUACAAAAAGAAAUGGAAUUAACAUUGAAAGAAAAAUUAUUGUUACAAGAAGUAGAUAGAUUGCAGAGAGAACAAGAUCUAAAAAAAUUACAAGAACAAAAGCAGAUACAAACAGAACCUUCAGUAAACAAAGUAUCUUAUCCUACAUUUAAAAAUAUGGAAGUACAAACAGAUGAUGCUAUAGAUGAUAUUGUACAAAGAGAUAAGAUCAAAGUUCUUACUAAAGAGAAGGAAGAACUAACAGCCCUUGUACAAGACCAGCAAUCAAAGAUUGAACAGAUAACACAACGAGCUCUUCAGUUAUCUCAUCAAAUAGAAGAAAUACGUUUAUUAAGACCUACCAACAUAGAAGUUCCAAUACAAACUGUUAACGCAAAUACGAUUGUCAGUGAGAGUAGUUCAACGGAAGAUAUUCUUCAAGAUGCAAAGCUGAGACUUAAACGUUUAGAAGAAGAAAGUUUGAAGGCAGAUCAGUAUUAUUAUAACUUCAUCAAUAAUUCAUCAUGACGUUACUUUUAUAGUAACUCAAUAGCAGUAAAAAAUAUACAUAAAUUUUACAGUAUAAUAUUAUUUAUAUUAAUUUUUUUAUACUAAUUUAAUUUCCUCAGUUUUCAGAGGAAAUCUGAUACAGCAAUUUUGUAAUCAAUGAAAAAUGAAAUGACACAAAUACCACGUAAACGGUUUUUAUUGCAGUUGCUAGUUUCUAUUAUAAAUUAUAUAAAAUUUGUAUUAUAUGUACAAAU